UUGACAAAUGAGGUUUGUUGAGGCACUGAGGCGGACCUGAUACCUUAUGAUUAUCACGGUCUCUCUGGGCGGAGACAGGUUAUUAAAGUAUCUCUGGGUCGCCUUUCUUUUUAUAAACACGUGUAUUAUCGUCGGGAGCGACCACAGACCUGGGAGCAGCAGUAUCAAAAUAAGUGAAACCCUGCUUUUGUGCAGCAGAGAACCAGAAUUCGUUCAGGACAUGGCUCUGGCGGGUGUGCGGGUCAUCGAGCUGGCCGGGCUCGCCCCGGCGCCCUUCUGUGGGAUGGUCCUAGCGGACUUCGGGGCCCGGGUGAUCCGGGUGGACAGGACCAAAGUUGCCAUGGCGAUGGACAAGCAGGCCCGAGGGAAGCAGUCGGUGGCCCUGAACCUGAAGAAGCCGCAGGGCUUGGCCGUGCUCAAGCGGCUCUGCCUCCAGUCUGACGUCCUCAUCGAACCGUUCCGCACAGGAGUUAUGGAGAAACUGGGUUUGGGACCAGAUGAGCUGUUGCAGGAGAACCCGCGCCUGGUCUAUGCACGGCUCACUGGAUUUGGGCAGUGUGGAUCCUACGCCACGUCCGCUGGGCAUGAUAUCAACUUCCUAGCCAUGUCAGGCCUGCUGUCCAUGCUGGGGAGGCCGGCUGACGAUCCUCAGCCCCCCCUCAACCUGCUGGCGGACUUUGCGGGGGGCGGGCUGAUGUGUGCGCUCGGGAUCACGCUGGCCUUACUGGAGCGCCACGCGUCAGGGGCCAGGUCCGCGCCAGUAUAUUUAUCGAGCUCACGUAGCGACGGUACUGAGGAAGAGGACCCUGGGACACCUGGCCUCCGAACGAGCGCCAGCGACGGCGGGAGAGCGCCACGGCGGGUUUCUGAGCAGCAGCUGGGCGCCAUGGCGACGCCCACCUUAUUGGUACAGGUAGGGUAUGUAAAAGCCCACCUUAUUGGUACAGGUAGGGUAUGUAAAAGCCCGCCUUACUGGAUGAAGCUGUGCAUUUCAUGUUCCUGUGCAGGUGUAUUUUAUGGUCAUUCGCUGUGUUGUUGUAAAGCCCUGUAUCGCCAUGACGAUGUGCAGGUGGAGGGUGCGGCCUACAUGGGCUCGUUCGUGUGGAAGUCUCGCGCGAUUGGCCUGUGGAACCGGCCACGCGGCCAGAACAUGCUGGACGGCGGUGCGCCGUACUACGGAACCUACCUGACCGCCGACGGCAAGCACAUGGCCGUGGGCGCCGUGGAGCCGCAGUUCUACGACCAGCUCCUGCAAGGUCUGGGAUUGGACGCUGCCACGCUGCCGGCGCAGAUGAGCAUCUCUGAUUGGCCAGAGCUGCGGCGGGUGUUCACGCAGGCGUUCGGCAGCAGGACUCAGGCGGAGUGGUGCCGCGUGUUUGAUGGGAUGGACGCCUGCGUCACCCCGGUGCUCCCUCUGGACCAGGCCCACUUGCACCCCCACAACCGGGACAGGGGCUCCUUCGUGCGGGACAGCCAGGGCGAGGUGAGCCCGCGGCCGGCCCCCGCCCUGUCCCGCACACCCGCCGCCCCCUCCCUGUCCCGGGACCCCUUCGUCGGGGAGCACACGCGGGCCGUGCUGGAGGAGUUCGGGUACGGGCCAGACGAGAUCCAGCAGCUGCUGGAUAGCGGGGCUGCAGAGUGCUGCAACCAGGUCUCAGCUCACCUGUAGAGCGGGACGGGGUCUGCGGGACGGGGUCAGCGGGAUGGGGGCAGCGGGAUGGGGGGCAGCGGGGCGGGGGGCAGCGGGGCGGGGGGCAGCGAGACGGGGGGCAGUGGGGCGGGUGUCUGCGGGACGGGGGGCAGCGGGGUGAGGGUCAAACCGGGCACCCCAGUGGAUCACACACCUCACCCGGCCUCUUCCUCACCUCACCUGGCCUCUUCCUCACCUCCCCUCACCUGGCCUCUUCCUCACCUCCCCUCACCUGGCCUCUUCCUCACCUCACCCAGCCUCUUCCUCACCUCACCCGGCCUCUUCCUCACCUCAACCGGCCUCUUCCUCACCUCACCCGGCCUCUUCCUCACCUCACCUGGCCUCUUCGGCCUGAAUCAGGCUGCUGAUUUUAAGAUGGAAACGGCGGUCAGUGACUGAAUGGGUAAAAAAUUAAAUUAAGAACUGGGAAAGGUUUUGAGGGUUUUGCAGCUUGAUUUCCUAAAAUGGCUGCUGUCCUGCUGAGUUUCCAGCCUCUUUGUAAUCAGGUGGCAGCUCACGAGAAAACCGUUUAUCGGCCCCCCUAAAGGAAUGAGUUUCAAAAAAACAUUAAUUUUUACAUUAAGCAAGCAUAAUUUUUUCUAAUGCAUCAGGGAUUUAAAAAGAGAGAACAGUUUAAACCAAGGUUAGUUCUGUGGCCUUGAGGUUCGCUGGUAACAGGCAGGAUUUUGAUUCCUCAGCUUUUUCUCUGCUCUGCUUUGUCAGCUCUGCUCACACCUGUGCCGUGUUCGUCUGGCACGGUUGCCCAUGGCACCACUCAGUAAAACAGGUUCUUUAAAAGAAUAAUUGUAAAAUAAAAGUAUAUAGUUUCCCUUUUGUUCAAGCUAAAAAAAAAAAAAAAAAAAGAUAAAAUAAA